AUGGCGACAAAUACCCCCAAGCCCAUCCAUAGCCUCGUGCUCGACGCAGGUCCAAUAAUCAAAAAUGACCCCUCCAUCUCAACCCUCCUCUCUCAAGCCGAAUUCCUCUAUACCAUCCCCGCCGUCAUCGACGAAAUCCGAGACCCCGCCACCAGAUCACGAGUCGAGACGACCCUGAAGCCAUUUAUUCAAUGUCGAUCCCCGAGACCAGAGAGUGUGAAGAUUAUCACAGAUUUUUCGCGGAGGACGGGUGAUCUGGAGGUUUUGAGUAGGCCGGAUAUUCAUCUGAUGGCUCUGGCGUAUGAGCUGGAGUGCGAGAGGAAUCAUGGGGAUUGGAGGUUGCGGAGUGUGCCUGGGCAGAAGAGGGUUAAUGGACCUCCGCCGGCUUCUUUGACGGGCGGAUCUGCCGAUCCUGCAGUUACGGAGAAGGAUGGGGAGACUGUCGUUUCUGUAGAAACUGCAACUCAAAAUGCGCCAGCACCAACAGCAAACGCACACUCCGAAGACGACAUACAAGCCAAGGAGAUGGAAGAGAAGUUAUUAGAGACACACAUAUCUACUACCGACGCAGAAGAGGCUCCAAAGACAGCUCCUGCAGUUCAAUCGCCCGCAAGUGAAGAAGAUACCCCGCAACCCGACGCCGUCGAAGAAGUACAGACCUCAGAGGACGAAGACGACGGCGAAGGUUGGAUCACGCCCUCGAACCUCAAACAGCACCAACAAAAAGAUGCCAACGGCACCUCGGAGCCCCAAGAAGAGCCCAAAACCAUGCAAGUAGCCCUCAUAACCUCCGACUUCGCCAUGCAAAACGUCCUCCUCCGCAUGAACCUCAACCUCCUCUCGCCCUCCCUGCAACGCAUCCGCCAGCUCAAAACCUGGGUUCUACGCUGCCACGCCUGUUUCCUCAUCACGCGGGACAUGAACAAGCAAUUCUGCACGCGGUGCGGAAAACCCACGCUGCUGAGGACGAGUUGUUCGACAGAUAAGGAUGGCAAUUUCAAGGUGCAUCUCAAGAAGAAUAUGCAGUGGAAUAAUCGCGGCAAUGUGUUCAGUGUCCCUAAACCGGUGGCGGGGACUAGUAAUGGCAAGUUGGUUGCUGGGGGUGGCAAAGGGGGAUGGGGUCAGGGACUCAUUCUGGCAGAGGACCAGAAGGAGUAUGUGGCGGCUAUGACUACGGCGCGGAGGCGCAAGGAGAAGGAUUUGAUGGAUGAGGAUUAUCUACCGGGGAUCUUAUCGGGAGAUAGGGGACGGGCUGGGGGGAGGACGAAGGUUGGAGCGGGGAAGAAUGUCAAUUCGAAGAAGAGGAAUAAAUUAUAA